ACUCUCUUCACUUUUGCCAAUCUUCAACACACAUCCUCGUCGAAAAUCUUGAGUAAAUUUCUUCAUCUUCUCUUGCUCAAGUGUACUUGUACUCUCGAUACAUCCCGAAAGGCUGCUUUUGCCAGUUCUCACUUCUUUUUUUCCCAGAGAGAGAUUAAAAGAGUGUCACAGUUGAGUGUUUACGCGAAAUUGAAGUAAAUAUUUGAGAAGAACUUUCGCAAAAAGCGAGAACGUGAAAAAAAAAUUACCAAAAGUGUCUCGUAUAAAUUGAAAGAAAAUAAACUUAAAAAAGUGUCCAAACAGUCUACUAAAUACACACACACAGUGCCAGCAACAGCAAUUAAUUAAGGACUUUGAGGAGCAUCGACGUACACUCCAUCCCUAUUGAUUGGCCGGGGCAAUGAACUGAUUGGCGUUGCUGAGAAGUCAAUCGAGGUAGAAAUUUCUCGAAAAGAAAAAAAAAUCUGAGACAACACAGAAGACGAAAAUGCCUGGACCGUGCCAGAGGCUACGGCUGCCGUCCCUUGUGACUGUUAUGAGGAGUCCCAAGGCUGAGUGUUCACCAAUUAGGCGGAAGGAGCACCAUCGGGUUGUCAUGAUGGGGGCCGCACGCGUGGGGAAAUCCUCAAUAAUCUCUCAAUUUCUCUAUGACAAAUACCUGGCGCGCUACAGACAAACCGUCGAGGAGCUCCAUCGUGGGGAGUACGAACUACCCGAUGGGGCUGCCCUCACACUCGAUAUCCUGGACACAUCGGGUGCUUACCAAUUUCCAGCCAUGCGUGCUCUGUCCAUAUCAACAGGGGGCGCCUUUAUUCUUGUCUUCUCCGUGGAUGAGGAGGAAUCGUGGAAGGAAGUUGAACGCCUUAGAGAACAGAUCAUCGAAGCUCGAGGUUUCCGGGUACCAAUCGUGAUAGUGGCUAACAAGGCGGACUUGAAGGAACGGAAGCUACCACGUGAGCUCACCGAGACAAUUGCCACUGUUGACUGGGAGUGUGGGUACGUGGAAGCAAGUGCCAAGGACAAUACAGGGAUCGUGGAUGUCUUCAAGGAGCUCCUCGCCCAAGCUAAAAUUCGGUACAAUCUCAGUCCAGCCGUACGACGACGCCGACAGUCGCUACCGUCGUAUGCAACACAGCACAAUGGGAAGGUCUCUACGACGCCGAAGCAUUCCCUGAAGCGUCACUCCUGCACCGUGGCGUAGGCGGAAUGACACCAGUGGUAGCACCCACGUGGUUCUAUCGCUUCAAGCAGCCAUUCAUUGCAGGAACUGCGUUGCUAAAACAGAGCCUUAUCGGGGGAAAAUUCGGUGAUGAUAGCAAAAAAAAAGCAAAAAGAAACCAUAUUUUGAAAUUAAGAUUUACGCAAAUACAAAAAGAAAAUAAAAUAAAAAAAUGAAUAUACCAGUAAAAGGGAGAGACGCACAUCUCCAGGGCAGCUUUGGGUAAAAAAAAAGUACAUAAAAAUAAUGGAUUAGACUCAACAGGGUGCUCCAAAAGUGUUUCAAUUUUUAUCUCAAUGUUAAAUCGCUUUUUGAAAGAUUUUUUAUUCAAAUUUAAUUUUUUUUUAUUAUUUUUAAAAGAAAACUUGUUUACUUAUGGCCAUUUCGGAUUGAGAAAAUACAUUACAUUGAAAACAAAGUAGAAAA